AUGCAGCACACCACGUGCACGGAGGACAGGAUCUAUCAUGCACUGGAAAGAUGUCUACAUGGGCUUAGCAGAGAUGCUGUCUCCAGCAGAUGGGCUGCCGGGCUAUGCCUGAAUUGCUGGAGCCUCCAGGAGCUAGUAAGCCGAGAUGCUGGAAACUACCUCAUCCUCGUGGAGAAAAUCCUCAGCAAAGCCAAAGAGGUUCAGGAGAAGUGCGACUAUGAUCUUGUAACCCCUCUGGCUCUGCUUUUCUACUACGCGGUCCUAUAUGCUCCUCACUUCCCUCCAGACUCUGACAUGCUCCUGAAGGCCAUCACCAUCUACCACAACUUCCUCACCUGGCCCGUGCCCUACUGCGACAUCUUCCGUGAGCUGCUCAGCUUCAUCAGCGACGAGCUCAAGGCCCCGGGGAUAUCGUUCCAGAGGCUGGUGAGGACAGAGCAGGGCCUGCCCGUGAAGAGCUACCAGAGCUCCACCAUCACUGUGCUGCUGCUCAACCGCUCCGAGGUGCAGAGCGAGUUCCUCUCCAUCGCCGAGCGGCUGAGCUGCCCGGAGCCGUCGCGGCGCGCCACGCUCCUCGUGCUGCUGGAGCACCUCUACCAGGCCAACUUCGGCACCCGCUGUGACCUGGGCAGCCUGCGGCACCUCCUGAAGUCCAAGUCGCUGGAAGAGCUCUCGGAGAUCUAUGCCAGCGCCGCGGAGGCCCAGGAGGCAGCAGCCGCCAGCAGCGAGCCCGCCCGGGCGCGGGAGCAGCUGCAAUCGGCCCUGCGAGAGCUCGCCGGAGCCACGGCCUUCCCUGCCGCCGCGGGUGAGGUCCAGCCCCGCAAGCUCCACACCAUCCCCAUCCCUCCAGCUCGCUGUUACACCUACAGCUGGGAUCAGGAUAACUUCGAUAUCCUCAACGACAUCCUCAGCAAAGAGUGCCACAUUGUUGAGCCCCUGGUCUCAGAGAACGAGGAGGAGGAGGAAGAGGAGGAGGAAGUGGAAACUGAUGGCUGUUCUUCAGAAAGGGACUCACUGCUUUGCCCCAUCUCUGCCAUUUCCAAAGACUCUGUAUACUCAGCGCUAUCGGAGGAAGGAUCUAAGCACUCACGAGUGUCCCUCUUUAGUGCUUCCAAGGACUCCAUCUCAGAGCUGACAGUUGUCUCCAAAAAGUCCUUGAGGUCUUUUGUCUCUAGCCUCAAGGACUGCAUGGACAGCGGCUAUGCAGAAGACAGUGAUGAGAGCUCUCUGGACAUGACAGGAAGGCCAGAGCUCCAGGUGGAGAAGACCCACCACAAAUACAGGCACACACUGACCAACAAGAUCUACAAGCUCUUCAAGAGCAAAAGCCUCCUGGUCUUGAGGAGAGAGCUGAAGGACUGCUCAGACAUGGGCUCGCUCUCCCUGCCCCUGCGCCGGGCCGAGAGCCUGUGCAACCCUGAAGCCAAGCACCGCAUCCUGGCGCGUUCGCGGCGAGCCCAUUCGCUGCCCCAGCACGUCCUGAGCCAGCGGCUCCCCGCGCACCAUGUGGCGCAGCACGCGAGCCUCCACCGCAGGCCCUUCCUCAGCUACGACGAGGACACCAAGGUAUCCACGCUGCGCGUCGUGGUCUUCGGCUCUGACCGCAUCUCGGGGAAAGUGGCCCGGGCCUACAGCAACCUCAGGCUGAAAGAAAGCACCUGCCCCUCACUGACAAGGUACUUCAAGCUGCAGUUUUACUACGUCCCUGUGAAGAGGAACUGCCUCUUCCCGUCGACCCCGCUGCUACAUCCCCCCCACUCCCCAGGGGACCCGCAUCUCCGAGGCUCGGCGCAGGCGGAGCCUGCGUUGGCCAAGGUGGAGACUAGCACCAAUGACAUCUCUCACUACAUUGGGAUGUUGGACCCCUGGUAUGAGCGUAAUGUUCUUGGGCUGAUGAGCUUGCCCAUGGAUGUUCUCUGUCAGUCUGCCAAGCUGGAGCCUGAGCCUCAGGAGGACUCCAGGGAGCAGCUGCCCAUCCUGGCUGACAUGAUUCUCUACUACUGCCGCUUCGCCACGCGCCCCGUGCUGCUGCAGCUCUACCAGACGGAGCUCACCUUCAUGGGCGGGGAGAAGAUGACCGAAGUCUUCAUCCACUCCCUUGAGCUGGGUCACUCGGCGGCCACGCGGGCCAUCAAGGCAUCAGGUCCCGGCAGCAAAAGGCUGGGCAUAGAUGGAGACAGAGAAGCGAUCCCGCUAACACUACAAAUCGCCUACAGCAAGACAGCUGUCAGUGGAAGAAGUCACUGGAAUGAUGUUGAGAAGGUCUGCACGUCCGUCAACCUCAGCAAAGCCUGCAAGAAGUAUGAAGAACUAGCCUCAAAAACAGAGUGUCUCAACUUAACCAUGACUGAGGUGGUCAAAAGGCAAAACUCUAAAUCCAAGAAAAGUUUCAAUCAGAUCAGCGUGUCCCAGAUAAAAGUAGACAAGGUGCAGAUUAUCGGUGUCCAGUCCUCGUUUGCCGUGUGUUUGGACCAGGAUGAGCAGAAGAUCCUGCAGAGUGUAACCAGGUGUGAGAUCUCCGUGUGCUACAGACCAAGGAACAGUGAUCCCCUUGCACUGAGAACAUCCUCUUCGCCUCCCCAGGACCCGUUUGAGUUUCCUUCUCUUCUGUGCUUACCCAUUGCUACCUUCAGUGGAGCGCUGCCAUAG